AUGACCUAGUUUACACCAAAACAACUCUCCACCUCCUAACCUCGCCUCGUGCCGGGGAACGUGUAGCGAGCGAUAAUAACAAGGCAGUUUACCGUAGACACUACAUACGUACGGCUGCAAGUAUGGUCAGCUCCGGCUCUGCUGCAACUUUGGCAGCCAUAACUCUAUUGGCGGGACUGUUGAUGUUUAAUACAUCUCUGAUACUGGUGUGUAUCACUGUAUUACUAAUUCUGUGGCUGUCAACGCGGCGUCUCCCCGGUCUUCCCCCCGGCCCCCCUCUUCUGCCACUGGUGGGCAACAUUUUUCAAAUGGAUGCCGAUCCCCGAGUGACUUUCAGCAAACUGCGACGUCAAUACGGCGACAUCUUCAGCGUGUACAUCUUCAAUGAGCCAGUUAUUGUCCUGAGCGGGUACAGCGCCAUCAAAGAGGCCCUUGUCAAGAAUGGUGACGUUUUCUCAGAAAGACCAAAAUCGUUUAUUACGGAGUUUUUUGCACGAGGCAAAGGGGUAGCGGGGACCUCAGGUGCCCACUGGAAAGAACAAAGAAAAUUUGCUUUAACAACACUCAGAGAUUUUGGGAUGGGGAGGUCCCUGCUGGAGGCCAAAAUACACGACGAGUUGACGGUCUUCUUGAAAGCAAUUGAGGACAAGGAUGGACUUGCCUUUGACUGUAAACGACUCGUGCACAACGCCGUGGCCAAUAUCAUAUGCGCUGUUUGUUUGGGGAAGCAAUUCGAAUAUACUGAUCCGAGGUUUGUAAAGUUCUUAAAAUCUACAGAUAUAAUCUUGGCGACACUCGGGGCAGCAAACAUCCUGAACAUGUUUCCAAUUGUGAGAUUUAUCCCAGGAGACUUUUUCAAAUUUAAAAAACUUAUGCAAAAUAUUGCUAUAGUAGAAAAGGGUGAAAUUGAAAAAGAUGUUGAGGAACAUUUCAAUAAUUACGACGAAGACAAUGUGGACGAUUUCAUCACAGCUUACAUCAAGGAAAUGAAACUCCGUGGGAGCGACGAGACGUUUGAUAGAGGUCACCUGGUGAAAACGGUGAGAGAUUUAUUCAUAGCUGGAACUGAGACAACAGCGACCACAAUCCGUUGGACUCUUCUUUACUUCCUGCACAACCCGGAAGUACAGGAGAAGUGUUUCAGGGAGAUACAAGAACACAUCGGCGAAAGUAGAAAACCUAGUAUGAAGGACAAGACCGAUCUUCCCUACGUCGAAGCCACCAUCAGCGAGGUCCAUAGAUGCUCAACCAUAGCCCCACUUGCAGUUCCUCACGGUGUACUCCACAACGUCCAGUUUCGGGGCUACACGUUCCCCAAGGGCGUGACUGUCGUACCAAAUUUGGAGUCGGUACUGCAUGAUCCAACUGUGUGGGGUGAUCCACAAAACUUCAGACCCGAGCGAUUUCUAGAUGACCAAGGGAAGUACCUGAAGAGAGAUGAGUUCAUCCCCUUCUCUAUGGGUCGCAGAGUGUGUCUUGGAGAGUCCUUGGCCCGUAUGGAGUUGUUCCUGUUCUUGGUGGCCAUGAUACAGAAGUUCCAGUUCCUCCCAGACGAUGGACCGUUAACACCUUUGAAAGGAGUACUUGGCAUUACCAAUGCAGCUCCCACCUUUACGAUUCGGGCUGUACCAAGGGCCAUGUGUAAAUGAUAUCCCAGAUCAGUUGAAGCCCUUCAAGGCUUUCCAGAUAAAAACAUUAAAACAUAAACAUGUUUUGACAAACGAGUGAUUUCUUUUCACAUAAAUGUGCGUACACGUCUUCUUAUAUGCUUGUGUAUAUAGGCUUAAGUACAUUUCAUAAGAAGAACUAGAACGCGUCGUCAGUAAACAUGUAUAUUAUCAGAGGAUGCUUUUGAAUGUAUUAACAAUAACCGCUGUCCGAAUGGGUCUCCUUAUGCAA